GAGCCUCGUUCCUCAGCUUUUCGGCUCUCUGUGCUCCCGUCUGUCUGGACCGCGUGAGCUUCUCCUCGGCAGAGGAGCCUUUCUUGUCCCGAGGGGUUCGAACUCAAGGUGUCUCCUUGCCGUGCUCUGCUCACCCUCUUCUCCUCCCCCAGCGCUUCGUUGUUCAGACGUUGUCCUCGCCUGCCACCCGACCAGGGCAUGCCGGGCUGAGGAGGGAAGUGAAAGACUCGCUGUUCUCGGCGUCCUCCCUCUCUGAAAAUCCAGGCGCCGCAGCUUUCUCGGCCCCGAAGCCGCCAUGGCCGACACGCUGGAGUUCAACGAGAUAUACCAGGAGGUCAAGGGAUCCAUGAACGAUGGUCGGCUGCGCCUGAGCCGCCAGGGCGUGAUCUUCAAGAACAGCAAGACGGGGAAGGUGGACAACAUCCAGGCGUCGGAGCUGGCGGAGGGCGUGUGGCGACGCGUGGCGCUCGGUCACGGCCUCAAGCUGCUCACCAAGAACGGCCACGUCUACAAAUACGAUGGUUUCCGGGAAUCGGAGUUUGACAAGCUCUCAGAUUUCUUCAAGGCCCACUACCGCCUGGAACUGGCGGAGAAGGACCUGUGCGUGAAGGGUUGGAACUGGGGGACGGUGAGGUUUGGAGGACAGCUUCUCUCCUUUGACAUCGGAGAGCAGCCGGUGUUUGAGAUCCCCCUAAGCAACGUGUCUCAGUGCACGACAGGCAAGAACGAGGUGACGCUGGAGUUCCACCAGAACGAUGAUGCCGAGGUCUCGCUCAUGGAGGUUCGCUUCUACGUGCCCCCUACCCAGGAGGACGGCGUCGACCCUGUGGAGGCCUUCGCUCAGAACGUCCUCUCCAAGGCGGACGUGAUCCAGGCCACUGGGGAUGCCAUCUGCAUUUUCCGGGAACUGCAGUGCUUGACGCCUCGCGGGCGAUAUGACAUCCGUAUCUAUCCCACCUUCUUGCAUCUCCACGGCAAGACCUUUGACUACAAGAUCCCCUAUACUACUGUGUUGCGCCUCUUCCUGCUCCCGCACAAGGACCAGCGGCAGAUGUUCUUCGUGAUCAGCCUGGACCCCCCGAUAAAGCAAGGCCAGACCCGCUACCACUUCCUGAUCCUGCUCUUCUCCAAGGAUGAAGAUAUUUCACUGACCCUCAACAUGAACGAGGAGGAGGUGGAGAAACGCUUCGAGGGGCGGCUCACCAAGAACAUGUCGGGCUCCCUCUACGAGAUGGUCAGCCGGGUCAUGAAGGCACUGGUGAAUCGCAAGAUCACUGUUCCCGGCAACUUCCAGGGACACUCUGGGGCGCAGUGCAUCACCUGCUCCUACAAGGCCAGCUCGGGGCUUCUCUACCCGCUGGAGCGCGGCUUCAUCUACGUGCACAAGCCACCCGUUCACAUCCGCUUCGAUGAGAUCUCCUUCGUCAACUUUGCCCGUGGGACGACCACCACCCGCUCCUUUGACUUUGAGAUUGAGACCAAGCAGGGCACGCAGUACACCUUCAGCAGCAUAGAGAGGGAGGAGUACGGGAAGCUCUUUGACUUCGUCAAUGCCAAGAAGCUGAACAUCAAGAACCGAGGCCUCAAGGAGGGUAUGAAGCAGAGCUAUGACGAAUAUGCUGACUCAGACGAAGACCAGCACGAUGCCUACUUGGAGAGGAUGAAGGAGGAGGGCAAGAUCCGAGAAGAGAAUGCCAACGACAGCAGCGACGGCUCUGGGGAGGAGACUGAUGAGUCAUUUAACCCUGGAGAAGAAGAUGACGACGUGGCUGAAGAAUUUGACAGCAAUGCCUCGGCUAGCUCUUCCAGCGGUGACGGUGACAGCGACCGGGACGAGAAGAAGCCAGCCAAGAAGGCCAAGAUUGUCAAAGACCGCAAGCCCCGCAAGAAGCAGUUGGAGAGCAAGAAAGGGAAAGACCCCAAUGCUCCUAAGAGGCCGAUGUCAGCUUACAUGCUCUGGCUGAACGCCAACCGCGAGAAGAUCAAGUCAGACCAUCCUGGCAUCAGCAUCACAGACUUGUCUAAGAAGGCUGGGGAGCUCUGGAAAGCCAUGUCCAAGGAGAAGAAAGAGGAAUGGGAUCGUAAGGCAGAAGACGCCAGGAGGGACUAUGAGAAGGCCAUGAAGGAGUACAGUGUGGGCAGCAAGUCAGAAAGCUCCAAGACGGAGCGGUCUAAAAAGAAGAAGAAGAAGCAGGAGAAGCAGAUGAAGGGGAAAGCGGAGAAGAAAGGUGCAGCCUCCAAGUCUUUGUCCUCCACCAAGUCCCCUGCCAAGAAUUUGAGUGAGAGCUUCAAGAGCAAGGAGUUUGUCUCCAGUGAUGAGAGCUCCUCUGGAGAGAGCAAGAAGGAGGUAUGGCUCUUCCACUUCUGUUGGCAGGCUUGGGUCCUCUGCCCCAUCUUCUCUAUGGUGCGCUCCGGUCAUCUCUUUGGGAAUGGUACACCCGUCCCACCUCUACAGGGAGCGCACCCCUCUGGCUGGUUCCGAGGUCAGCGAGAGGACUGGUACGGGCCGGCCCGCGUCAGGGGCCCAGAUCUUGGGCUACAGCCGGCUCUGAACCCACCUUGCCUCGACUUUGAGUCCUCCUGCCCGUACCGCCGGGGGCAGGGAGACGCAAGAGCAGGAUACAGCUCUGGGGACGCGGAGACCCAGGACGGGGACGUCACACCUGCUUGGGCUGGCGAGUAUGGCAACGGUGACGCAGAAAUCAAGGACAGGGAGAUCACCCCAGACUGGGCCAGUAACUACAGCAAGAGGGACGCCGAGACCAAGGGUGAGGAUUUUACGCUGGGCUGGGCUGGCAGAUCCAGCACUGGGGACACUGGGACCCCGGAGAAGGAGUUUUGCCCCAACAGGCCAGCCUGGGACAGCAAAUACAACACUAAGGACAUGGAGAGCCAGGACAGGGAGUUCAGCCCCAGCAGACCAACGUGGGAUAGCAAAUACAGUGCCAGGGAUAUGGAGAGCCAGGACAGGGAGUUCAGCCCUAGCCGACCAGCCUGGCCUGGUGAGUACAGCGCCAGGGAUAUGGAGAGCCAGGACAGGGAGUUUAGCCCCAGCAGACCAGCUGAGGCCAGCAAAUACAGCGCCAAGGAGAUGGAGAGCCAGGACAGGGAGUUUAGCCCCAGCAGACCAGCCUGGGAUAGCAAAUACAGCCCCAGGGACAUGGAAAGCCAGGACAGGGAGUUCAGCCCCAGCCGACCAGCCUGGGCUGAUGAAUACGGCCCCAGGGACGUGGAGACGCAGCACAGGGAGUUUAGCCCCAGCAGACCAGCUGAGGCCAGCGAAUACAGCCCCAGGGGCAUGGAGAGCCAGGACAGGGAGUUCAGCCCCAGCCGACCAGCCUGGGAUAGCGAAUACGGCCCCAGGGAUAUGGAGACGCAGCACAGGGAGUUCAGCCCCAGCAGACCAGCCUGGGCCAGUGACUACAGCUCUACAACCUCCCAAAAGGAAGAUAGAGAGUUCAGUGCCGGCCGGCUGAGCUGGGCUGAUGAACGCAGCGUUGGCCAAACCGAGCCAGCAAAUGCUUUCGGUGUCGGAAAAGGAGACUUGCCUGGGGCCCGUGCCCCUGAUCACCCAGCUCGAGAGCCUGGCUGGAGCAGCUCCGACAAGCAGGAGAGCGGUGCUAUCGGUAGCAGGGACUGGGGUGAAGAGCUCGGCCUUGGCGGAGCUGAGCGCCAGAACCAAUUCGGCAUCAUCGGGACAGACCGGGUGCCGGAUCCCUCCAGG